AUGGCGAGUGUCGGCUCGUGCGACGAUGACGAGGGCAGAGAAGGGCGGCUGGUCACUCCUAGAGGCGAAGAGGUUGAACUCUGUUGCAUGGAGAACGAUAACCUUUCACAAAGUAGGGUCGACAGGGGUUUGUCGGACGAGGGAGGGAACUUCAAAGAUGGUGGUGGCAGGAAUACCAUUGAAAGAUCCGCGGCUGAAGCAGAGUAUAGAGGGAUGGCUGCCAGUGCUGCUGAAUUGUUGGGAGGCAGUGACAUGGUUUUAGGAGUGGAUUGGAUGAAAUUAUUCAGUCCAAUAUUAAUGGACUUCAAUAACAUGACUUUAAGUUUUGACCAUGGAGGGCAGCAAAUUUGUAUUCAGGGACAACAACCCUCAACUGAACUGCAACAAAUUUCAGGGGCUACAUUACUUAAAAUGAGUGCAGGGGAUUCUGCUCUUAUAGGACAUAUUGUCCUAUUUACUAUGAAAGGGCAUUCUUCUUCAAUUCCUACUGAAAUCCAACACCUAUUGGAUAAAUACAGACCAGUUUUUGCUGAACCUGUUGGUCUACCUCCUCAGAGGUCUCACGACCAUGCCAUUCCACUUAAACCUAAUGCCACACCUGUUAAUCUAAGGCCUUAUAGAUUUCCUUAUAAUCAGAAGGCUGAGGUUGAGAAACAGAUAGCUACUAUGCUUACUUCUUCUAUUAUUCAACCUAGCAGGAGCCCCUUUGCCUCUCCUUGUCUUCUUAUUAAAAAGAAGGAUGGCACUUGGAGAUUUUGUGUGGACUAUAGGCAACUCAACAGUCUGACUGUCAAGGACAAAUUUACUAUUCCUAUUGUGGAGGAUCUAUUAGAUGAAUUACAUGGGGCAAUUUAUUUCUCAAAGAUUGAAUUGAGAUCAGGUUACUGGCAAAUUCGAAUUAACCCUGAAGAUAUUUACAAGACAGUCUUUAGAACACACCAAGGCCAUUAUGAGUUUAAGACCAAGGUAGAAUACCUUGGCCAUAUUAUUUCUGCUGCAGGAGUGUCUACUGAUCCUAGUAAGGUGGAAGCCAUGCAAAAUUGGCCUAAGCCUAAAACCCUUAAAUCUCUCAGAGGGUUUCUAGGUCUGACAGGUUAUUACAGAAGAUUUAUUAAGAAUUAUAGCAUUAUUAACAGACCAUUGAUGUUACUGCUGAAGAAAGAUGGCUUUCAAUGGAAUCCUGCUGCUCAUACUGCUUUUGAAAAUCUUAAGAAAGCUAUGUGUUCUGCUCCAGUUUUAGCAUUGCCUGAUUUUUCUAAGACAUUUUCUUUGGAGACAGAUGCUAGUUCUAGGGGUAUUGGGGCUGUUCUUUCACAAGAAGGUCGACCUAUUGCUUAUUUGAGUAAAGCUUUAAGCCCUAGAGAUUCAACACUAUCUAUUUAUGAAAGAGAAUAUCUUGCUAUUCUCUUAGCAGUUUCUAAAUGGAGACAUUAUUUGGAGAGCUGGCCAUUUGUUAUUAAAACAGACCAUGAGCCCUUAAAGUUUCUUUUGGAGUAG